AUUAUUUUAACAAAAUCCUCUUCUCCUUUUCUGACCUUAAAUUGAAACAUCCCUCUCUAUAACCAAAGCUAAAGAAGAUUUUUUUUUUCUUUGUUCAAAUUUAGAUUGAGUUUUUGGGGUUAAGUUUAUAAAUUUUGAAUUUCAUUUUGAUGGGUUUGCCUCAAAGUCCUUCACCUCCUCAUCUUUACCCACAAGCACUUCAACUUAAGCUCUAUCAAGCAUUCAUAUUCUCCAUUCCAAUCCUCUUCUCCAUUAUUCUCUUCCUUCUUUUCUAUUUGUUUUAUCUCAAGAGAAGAGCUUCCUCUCUGUCUUCUUCUUCUUCUUCUUCAUCUCCUCCAAUUCUUCCAACUUCUUCCAAUAAUACUCUCACUCUCUAUGUUACCACUGCUUGUCAAGUGGAUUUGAAGGCUGAUAAUCUCAUCGACAAACUUCCCAAGAUCCAAUUCAAUGAAGAACUGAAGAUUAGAGAUUCUUUGUGUUGCGUCUGCCUUGGAGAAUUCGAGAUAAAAGAAGAAUUGUUGCAAGUCCCAUCAUGCAAACAUGUGUUCCAUAUUGACUGUAUGAAUCACUGGCUCAUUUCCAACUCAACUUGUCCUCUCUGUAGAUGCUCAGUCAUCCCGACAACACAAUGCUCUGAUCCGGCCGUCGUCCCACCAACCCCACCACUGCCACUGCCUGGCUCAUCAGAGCUUCCGCUGACUUCAGACCACACUGCAGAGAUACGAUCGUAUUCGCUCUAACAUUCGCACCUGCGACAACAGGAAGGAUCAAGUCAGAGUAAAUGCUAAAUGCAAUUAUCCAAUCACAUAUUUAAAUGGAAGGAGGAUAAGUUGUCCUCCAUAUUCAUAUACAAACAUAUACGUAUAUAUUAACAAGCUUUUUGCAACCUCCCAUUGUAGUUGAGACAGCUUGCCAGGCAUUAUGAUCUUCAGACAGUAAGAAUAGUCCCUGGUAAAGAUCAAUUGUAGAGAAACCAAUUGAAAAUCAACUCAAACACUUUCUUGGUUCCCUUCC